GAGAGAGCGCCUUUCGGCUGGAGAGCUCUCUUGAAGGCACUGCGGAGCCAAACUUUCUUCUGCUCGGACUUUCUCACCGAUGCCGUCCAAUCCCAAAGAGAUCUGCUGGGAGCCCCGAGCGCGAGGUUUCCUGCUGGCCCCCAAACGCCCCCGCCGUUCCUGCUCCAUCUUCAGCCGAUUCCCACCCCACCCCACCCCUCCCUCCCUCCCUCCGCCCAGAAAGUGGAUCUGGAGUGAAUGCAGAAGCGCCGUUUGCGCACCGGAUGGCAUCUAUGCAGCCGCUGCUGAUCCUGGGGGCGACCACCCUCCUGCUGCUGGGGGGCUGCUCUGAUGAAGACUGCAGGGGUGAUGGAAAUGAAGAUUUUUGCAGCCCUUUCUGCUUCCUCAACGAAUUCCGGUGCCAGAACGGGCAAUUAGUCCCCGAGCUCUGGACCUGUGAUGGGUACGAUGACUGUGGUGACGACAGUGAUGAAGCCGGCUGUGCUUGCCAGUUCUUCCAGUGCAGGAAUGGGCACCGGGUCGAGAAGAACGAACUCUGCGAUGGAGAUGACAACUGUCGGGAUGGCAGCGACGAAGCUGGUUGUGCCUGCAGCGACAGCCAGUUCCAGUGUGCCAACGGGCGCUGCGUGCCGAUCGAACUGAGCUGCGAUGGGUUUGACCACUGUGGAGAUGACAGUGACGAAUCCAACUGCACCUGCACUGAGUCCCAGUUCCAGUGCCGGAACGGGCGCUGCAUUUAUGAGUUUUGGACCUGUGAUGGAGAAGACCACUGUCUGGACGAUAGUGACGAAGCCAACUGUACUUGUGCCACCGACCAGUUCACAUGCAAGAACAGGCGCUGCAUCCCCAAUCUUUCGGCCUGUGAUGGGGAAGACAACUGUGGAGACAACAGUGAUGAGAACGAUUCCCUCUGUGCUGUUCAGGGCUCCACUGCACACUCUCUCUUCUAUUUCCGCACAGCAGUGACCAAAUUUGACCAGGGGUUGCCCCGUUUCACAGAAGUGGGCUACAUGGACGGUCAACCCAUUGAAUACUUUGACAGCCAUGUCAGGAGGGUCCUCCCUCGAGCACCCUGGAUGGAGGAGAACCUGAAUGAGCAGUACUGGAACGAACAGACCGACCUCGUGCACGUUAACGAGAGAUGGCUCCGAGAUUACCUCUUGAUUCUGCAGAACCACUACAACCAGACUCGGGGGUUCCACACCUUCCAGUGUAUCCAGGGCUGUGAACUGAGUGAAGAUCAGACCAAAAGGAGGUAUUAUCACCAGGAAGCUUAUGACGGGAGGGACAUUGACAGGAGGACCCAUGAGGAGACGGGUCACUGGAAAUACUUCCGGCACGAGGACUGCAUUGAAGAGCUGAAGGAAUAUCUCGACUAUGGGAGAAAAGCUCUGCAGAGGAAAGAGCCCCCAACAGUAAAAACAGUGCACAGACAGGGCAACGGCAGCCUGGAAACCCUCAUCUGCCAAGUCUAUGGUUUCUACCCCAAGCAAAUCAAGACCACUUGGAGGAGGGAUGGAGCAGUUUGGGAGCAGGAGGCUCUUCGUGGAGGUGUCGUUCCCAACUGGGAUGGGACCUUCAACACCUGGCUGAGUAUCCAGAUCGAUCCUGAAGACCGGGACCAUUAUCAGUGCCAUGUGGAACAAAGUGCCUUGGAGCAGUCUGACUCAACAUGGCCCAUUGUGGGGUCUGUCUUGGGGGCUGUGGCUGCCCUCCUCCUUCUGGCUGGGAUCCUUUGGUACAUCACAAGGGGCCGAGAGUCUGCCAGCAACCUCAGAGGGAACAAUUCAGAAGCUCAGCAACCCUAAAAGAGCUCUGCAGGUUCAAGAAAGAGGACCCAGGCUUGUUCCGGAUCCAUCUCUCUUCUGGUUCCAUCAGUUGCCUCUUUGAGCACCUCCUCUGUGCUCUUGAGAACUAGGCCACCAAGAGAUCAAAGCUGCAGAGACCUUUGCUGAACUUCACAAUCUCUUCUUGGAAAGGUCAGAGCAAAGAUAUGUUGGCAUCAGAAGGAGGACUUCAAUCAAAUGACUCCGGUGCUGGACUAUAUUGUAUUUAAUUCAAGUAUCUGAAAAAGGGAAUUUUGACUCUCAAAAGCUUAUACUGUAAACUUCUUUUUGGUCUGUAAGGUGCUACUGGGCUUGAAUCUAGUUAAGUUGUAUUUAAAUCACACAUACCUAAAUUUGGGCAGAAAACCCAAUAUUGAGAAGAGAAAGUAGCAUCCCUUGAUAUGAAAGAAAAACAGCAUCUCUUCCUUGCCCUCAUUUAACUUUACUUUCCCAAGGAGUGUCUAUUCAACAUAAAAAUGAGGCCGCUUUUGGAAAAGUGGUUUGUGUAAUUAUGUUGAAGGUCCAUAUAUGAAGUCCUGCUUGGGUGUGCUCUGGGUACAUUUAUUCCCACCAGGUGAAAUUGUCCCCUUUCAUCCUUUUGAAUUCUUGUAUUGUGUUUGCUGCAUUAACCUGGAUGGCCCAGGUUAUCCCAACCUUGUCAGAUCUUGAAAGCUAAGCACAAUUGCCUAUGGUUAGUACUCAGCUGGGAGACUGUUAAGGAAGUCUCGGGUGGCUAUGAAGAGUCAGGUAAUGGCAAACCAUCUCUGUGUGUCUUUUGUCCAGCGCUGGAUGGCCCAGGGUCACGUGAUCUUGUCAGAUCUCAGAAGUUAAACCUGGUCAACCCUGUAUUUCCUGCCCCAAAACGUUUUAGAAGGUUUGUACGGAAAGGGCCCAUGAUCAUAAGGUCUCUGCUGCACAUCAGAGAAUUUAAACACAAAGGAAUCCAUUUAAAAGCUUGAAAUGAUGUAAGAGCACCAGUCAAAGCACCUAUAUACCUUACUUCACAUCAAAGGAGGAGUGAAAGUAACUGAAAUUGCUUGCUGAAACUGUAUCUCUCAGGAAACCUGCAGCAUACUGGACAGUUUUCUCUGCACGGGUCGAUGAACCAGGGCUGAAUUAUAGAUACUUGUAGUUACAGCAUGUUCAAUUUCUGUUAAAACCACUGAGAUGUUUGGUUGUUAUAAAAAUGAAGCUGGUUUCCCUUGAAUAUAUGCUUUUGAGGAGCCCUUGUAAUAAUUCCACAGUAUCCAGUACCAAAAGAGUACAAAAUCUUAUUAGAACAAAAUCAAGGCCUGGCUUGGGCCCUGCUAGCCAUA